GGGGCGGGGCAGGGCGGGCGCGGGACUGAGGCACCGAGUUCUGGCCUUACGGCCGCCGACAUGGAAACUCUGUACAGGGUCCCGUUCUUGGUGCUCGAAUGUCCCAACCUGAAGCUGAAGAAGCCGCCCUGGGUGCACAUGCCGUCGGCCAUGACGGUGUACGCGCUGGUGGUGGUGUCGUACUUCCUCAUCACCGGAGGAAUAAUCUAUGAUGUUAUUGUUGAGCCUCCAAGUGUUGGCUCUAUGACUGAUGAACAUGGGCAUCAGAGACCAGUAGCGUUCUUGGCUUACAGAGUAAAUGGACAAUAUAUUAUGGAAGGACUUGCAUCUAGCUUUCUGUUUACAAUGGGAGGUUUAGGUUUCAUAAUUCUGGACCGAUCCAAUGCACCAAAUAUUCCAAAACUCAAUAGGUUUCUUCUUCUGUUCAUUGGAUUUGUCUGCGUCCUGUUGAGUUUCUUCAUGGCUAGAGUGUUUAUGAGAAUGAAAUUGCCGGGCUAUCUGAUGGGUUAGUGCCUUCUGAGAAGAACAGUGGAUGCUGGAUUUGCUCCUGUUCAUGAGGCUUUAAAGGCAGAACCAAUCCCCGGUGCAAUGUGGAAACAAGAGCAGCAGUGAAGAAGCAGCGGGUGCCGGCCUGGCACUGCAGCCGCCGGAGCUCUGUGCCGCCAGACGGUCCAUCACAGUGUUUUUCCUGCUGACCUGCUCUGUUGUACCAAGGAUGUUAAGUGGCAUUUCUUGUUUUUUUUUCUUAAAGAAUAUACUCCACUUCUAAAACUAUGAUAUUGAAUAAAGUGAUUAUUUUUUACAACCCCCUUA